AGCAGCUACUCGAAUCGACGUUGCCGUUCGACAAACGUGUCCGCCGCAGGCUGAGAGCGAGCCGAGAAUGGGCAUGUAAUAGAGCCUCUCGAGAGGAGCUUAAAUACCAUUCUUCUUCUCUCACGGGCUCAAGGGAAAUGUCGGCGUCCAGGAGUCCAGGCCGCUAAAGACCCCCGCUUACACUUCAUACUAAAGCAUAGAGCGACCCUCUUGAACAGUUGCGGCUUAACAUCAAGUUCACGAUAGUUUCGAGGGGUUUAUUCGCUUAAACACCCCGCUGGUUACAAGCAAUGGCAGUCUCACUCCAUCGGAGCGCCAUCGGAGCGCUGUUCCUGUUGGCCGGCCUCUCCAACGCCAACCCUACUCUCCCCAAGAUAUUCUCCCGGGACCCUCCCCAGAUGCUUCCCGCAAGAGCCACCGCCAACGACCUCAAGUGGCAACCAGCGAUGGACUUCGAUAAGGACUCUUGUUACAACACCCCGGCUAUCGAUGCGGAGGGGAACAUCGCACCGGGCCUGAGCACGGACAGGGCCGCUGGAGGCGAGGGCUGCCGAGACUACAGCGACCUCGUUAAUAACAAUGUGUACUCGCGUCAGCGCUGCAACAAUGGCUGGUGCGCCUACCUGUACGACUACUACAUGGAGAAGGACACGAAGUGCGAAAGGUGUCUUAUCGGUUACGGACACCGGCAUGAGUGGGAACACGUUGUCGUAUGGGUCAAGGACGACAAGGUCCAGUACGUUGCUGCCUCGCGGCACGGCGGCUAUACGGUGAAGAAGGUUGGCGACGCCGCCGUCCAGUUUGAGGGGACCCACGUCAAGAUUGUGUACCACAAGGACGGCGGCAGCACGCAUGCCUUCAGGUUCCCCAAGACCGACGGCGGAGACGAGCCGCCGGAGAAUCACCUCGGCAAGUGGUACAUCUCGCCGGGACUCGUCUCGUACAACGGCUUCCCGAGCACUAGCCUACGAGACAAACUAACGAGCCAUGACUUUAAAAAGGCCACGAUCGCUUUCAAGGAUUCCCAGUUCGCCGAUAAUCUCAAGAAAGCGGCUCCUAGCGGCAUCACCUUCGACUACGGGCGCGACGAGAAUUCCCCUGGCACCCCGUAAAACUCGGAGGUGACAACGUAAAGAAUUUUCCAAAUUGUAUAUAUUACUAUUCCCUAGCUUGUACAUAAAAGCACACUGACAUAGACUAUACUUAUAUGUAUAUAUUCCCGUAAAACAUUGAAUUUGGUACUGAGGUUUAUCGCUCUAUUAUUAAAGAGGGGAGAGGAACUGCAGGUUAUAUGCUCCUUGUCACGUAGCAAUUAAACCAGCCCUUAUACGCCU